AUGGUCCUUUGCCCCGUGUGUAGCAAGCCCGUCAAGGAUGCCAAGAUCAACGAGCAUCUCGACAGCGACUGCAAUGCCUUCCUCGUCGAGCAUGAUGCUGCCGACACACCCACAUCUACCAAGACUCACAGCUUCUUCACGCCUGGCGCUCGUACUCUGAAGCCGCCAACGGCCAUACAGAAAAAUGUCCAUCCCACAUCAUCGCCACCGCCUGCACUCCCAAUUGGCAUGCAGCGAACAGAGCGGCCCAUUACGCCCACGGGUACGAAGCGAUCGUUUGGCGAGGGGAAAGAGGAACACACCAAUAGCGAACAAUCGCCCAAUGCGCCAAAACGAGCAAGGAGACUGAAGGCGGUAGAGGAUGCCAUGCCGCUGGCCGAGCGCAUGCGACCAAGUGCACUCGACCAAGUCUAUGGUCAAGAGUUGGUUGCGCCCGGUGGCGUCCUCAGAGGCAUGGUGGACGAGGGCAAGCUGCCCUCCAUGGUGCUUUGGGGCCGGCCUGGCACGGGGAAGACGACCAUCGCACGACUCAUCGCGAACACCUCAGGCGCAAGAUACGUUGAAAUCAACAGCACGAGUACAAAGCUUGAACAAGUUAGGAAGAUCUUCGCAGAGGCUGCCAGUGACCUACAGCUCACAGGGCGCAAGACAAUAGUCUUUUGUGACGAGCUGCAUCGCUUCUCCAAGACCCAGCAGGAUGCCUUUCUUGGGCCAGUGGAAUCGGGCACCAUAACACUGAUAGCUGCCACUACUGAGAACCCCUCUUUUAAAGUCAUCUCAGCUCUUCUCUCACGAUGCCGCACCUUCACCCUCGACGACCUCAAGGAAGACGAUCUUGUACGAAUCCUAGAACGAGCCCUGGCCUCGGAGAACUGCACCUCCCCGCUCCUCGACAGGUCCAUGUUAACCUAUUUUGCCCAAUUCUCCGACGGGGACGCCCGUACCGCCCUCAACCUACUCGAUCUCGCCAUGAACCUCGCCAAGAACCCAGACAUGACCAAGGAGAAGAUCCAACAAAGCCUCACCAAAACUCUCGUCUACGACCGCGCAGGCGACCAACACUAUGACACCAUCUCCGCUCUGCACAAAUCCAUUCGUGGCUCCAACCCAGACGCUGCUCUCUACUAUCUCGCCCGCAUGCUUGAAUCCGGCGAAGACCCACGCUACAUUGCGCGUCGCCUCAUCGUCGUCGCCUCCGAAGACGUUGGUCUCGCAGACAACACCAUGCUCUCCCUCGCAACCGCCACUUACUCUGCCUGCGAGAAAAUCGGCAUGCCAGAAUGCCGCAUCAAUCUCGCCCACGCCGUCACCGCUCUAUCCCUCGCGCCCAAGUCCACACGCGCCUACCGCGGCAUGAACAACGCAAUGGAAGCGCUAAAAGAGCCCGGUGUUGCGGCCCUCCCGAUACCGCAUCACUUGAGGAAUGCGCCCACGAGGUUGAUGAAAGACAUGGGGUAUGGGGAGGGCUACAAAUAUAAUCCCCACUUUCUGGAUGGCAAGGUCAAACAGGAAUACCUCCCCGAAGCCCUCAAAGGGCGCUUCUUUUUGGAGGAUCUCGAUCUUGGUAGUAAGAUUGAUGCAGACCUUGUGGACGAAGAUGAAUUAGUUCCCGAGAUUGACGACUAG